AUGGGUGGGAGAAAGGGAGGAGCACGAGGGAGGAAGAGUAGUCGGAGCAAGGGGGCUUGUGGUCGGCUGGAUGGUGAAGAGGAGGCGGAAAGGUUGAGGGUGAGGGGGCAGAGGGAGGAGGGAGAGGAAGGAGGGGAGGGAGGGGAGAGAGGGAGACAUUUAGAAGAGGAGGAUAGCGAUGUGGUUCUGGUGGAGGGACCUGGGGAGGGGAGGCUGGGCGAGGAGGAGAAAGAGGGGUGCGCUGGUGUGGGGAGUGGUGCUGCGGGUGUGGGGGGCGAUGAGGGGAAUAGGACCUUGGACGCGUCUCAGAAAUCCGUUGGUGUGGGGAGUGAUGAGGGAAGUAAACGUUUGGACGCGUCUCAGAAAGGUGUUGGUGUGGGGAGUGAAGAGGGGAGUAAGGACUGGAAGGAGAGGAAUGUAAUCUGCACCCAAUAUCCAGCCAGAACGAAUAACGAGGCAUCUACUAACAGGGAUAGGAACUUGAUCUGUACUCAGUUUUUUGCUAUCGAGCCAAGGAGUGGGGAAGUGGGGAGCGGAGAGGGGGAGGAAGGAGAAGGAGAGGAGGUUGAGGAGAUUAUAAUGGAGGAGAGGGAGGAAGACGAGGAGACUGAGGAGGGGGAAGAGGAGGGAGACGAUGAGGGAAAGGAUGAGGAGGAAAAGGAAGAAGACGAGGAGGAGGAUGAGGAGGAGGAGGAGGAGGAGGAGGAGGAGGAGGAGGAGGAGGAGGAGGAGGAGGAGGAGGAGGAGGGGGAGGAGGAAGAGGAGGAGGAAGAAGAGGAGGAAGAGGAAGCGGACGGGGGCAAGGAAGGAGAUGAUACCAAAGGAGCAAAUGAUGAGGAUGGAAGAGGUAUCGAGUGGUAUGGGGGGGAUGAGGGGAGCCCAGAUGAGCACAGAGUUUUGACAGACGAGAGGGGGUGGCAGGGGUGGGGAGAAGGACCACCAUAUAGGGCGCCUGCACUCCUGUGCAGCAUGCAUGCACGGCUGGGCCUGCUGCUGCCGCAUGUCACCUUCACUCUGCAUGGGCUGUGCGGUCCAGAUGAGCAAGGGGAAAAAGGAGAUCUAGAGGAGCAAGAGCCAGAUGUUGAAAGGUAUGUGCUUUUCGUCUAUCUUGCGUGUGAGCGGUUGAGUGCAGCAGCAGUGGGGGCCACGGAGGCCUGUGGGGCGGACAGCUGGCUCAUGUCACACCUGCUGCUGCAAUCAGUUCAUUUCUCGUGUACCGGAGAGGUGGCACAUGGAGAGAUGGUGGCAGGGGCUGCAUCAAUACACAUGCAGUAUGCAAGGGCACAGGACGACCUGAGAAAGGCCCUCGAAGCUUGCCGGUUGCAGGCGUCUAGGCGCAGGGGCGGACCUGCCAGCCCUGCUGGGAUACAGGACUUGAGCUUCCUGCUUGACAAGGUAUGUGGCGAUUGA